GGGGCGGAGCUGAAGCCUCGUAGCGUCGCUCGGCGUCCAUGGCAGCGUUUUCAGUCGCCGGAAAGAUGAGCACUUCCGCCUUCUCGUCUUCCUUCCGUCGAGGAACCGGCGGGGCUUAGGCCGCGCUCCGCCAGGCCAGGUUUUAGAUUGGGUGCCAUGCGGCGGCUCUGGCCGCCGCCGCCGCCACCGCUGUCGCUUUUGCUGGCGCUGCUUUGGGCGACCGCGCUGUGCGGAGAAGAAGCGGCGCCUCCCCAGGGUCCCACCGCGAAACUCCCGUCCGCGUUGCCGGAUCCUCCGCUGCCAGCCGUGCGAGCGGGGCCCGACAAUGCGCCCUCGGGCACGCCGAGCGGCAGCGGCUCUUCUGUCGGCGAGGAAGCGCGGGGCGGCGUGAACGUGAACGGCAGCAUGGCCGCCGCGCCCCCCCGCUCGGAGGUCAACCAGCCCAUGACCCAGCGCGCCCUGUCGGUGCUGGUCCUGGCCAGCGCUGCCCUCAUCGUUUACUUCGUCAUCCGGACCGUGAGACUUAGACGAAGAAACAGGAAGACCCGGAAAUACGGUGUUCUGGACACAAACAUAGAAAACACAGAGCUGACACCUUUAGAGCAAGAUGAUGAUGAUGAUGAUAACACAUUGUUUGAUGCCAAUUAUCCUCGAAGAUAAGCACGUGCCUUGUGGGAAACUAUUUCAGUUGUGGAGCAACAAAAGAAGGCUGUUUGGAAGGAACGUGAAGCCAAUAUCAGAGUUGAGGAUAUGAAAUCUAUUAUGACAUCCUUAGUUUGUUGCAAUAAA